AUGGCUAGUUCAUCUUCUGCUGCCUCAAUAUCUGCUAAUAUUAAUUCUAUUCCUAUGCUUAAUGGGACCAAUUUCAAGGAUUGGAAAAGGAACCUACUUAUAGUUCUGGGAUGUAUAGAUUUAGAUCAUGCACUAAGGAAUGAACAACCUGCACCUCUCACUAAGGAAAGUUCCCAUGAUGAUAAAAGGGAAUUUGAGAGGUGGGAUCAUUCAAAUCGCAUGAGUCUAAUGAUUAUGAAACACAGCAUUCUAGAAGCCUUUUGGGGCGUUGAAUCCGAAGGGGUUGCUAUGGUUAAGAAUUUCCUUGAACAAAUUGAGGAACGUUUUGCUAAAAACGAUAAGGUUGAAAUGACAACACUUCUUGGUUCUUUAAUGAACAUGAAGUAUAAGGGUCAAGGAAAUGUAAGGGAGUACAAUAUUAUGGAAAUGCAUCAUAUUGUCUCAAGAUUAAGGACACUUAAGAUUGAGCUUUCGGAUGAUGUACUUGUACUCAUGGUUUUGUUAACGCUUCCUCCACAGUUUAAUCAAUUUAAAAUUAGUUAUAACUGUCAAAAGGAGAAAUGGACUCUCAACGAGCUCAUGUCUCAUUGUGUGCAAAAGGAAGAAAGGUUGAAAAAGGACAAAGUUGAAAGUGCUCACUUGGCCACUAACCCUAAGGUUAAGGGCAAGAAAAGAAAAUUUGAGAAUGAAGCUGCUAAGGGUCAAGUUCAAAAGAAACAACAUCAGGAUUCUAAUGAUUUCAAUGUCUGUGUAGAUUGUAUCAAGGGAAAACAGACCAAAACUAAGAGAUUAGGUGCCAAUAGAGAUUAG